AUGAGCUUCUUGAAUCCAAACAGAGGAGCAGGAGGAACCAAGAUUCCUCUCUCCAUCAUCGUUCUUGUUCUCUGUGGUUUCAUGUUCUUUAUACUCUUGUACACUGAAAGAAUCAGCUUGAUGUCUUCUUCUUCUUCCUCCUAUUCCCCAUCUGCUCUCCCCAAGCUAAAGUCUUGUCCCAGGAAAGACAUUAGCUCAAAACCAAAACCUAAAGAGAAAGUUCGAGAAGAGAUACCAGCGAAUAUGGAAGUGGUUGACGACAGAUUCGACUUUGAUCCAGAAGAGUGUAAUGUCGCAGCAGGAAAAUGGGUUUACAAUAGCUCAGUGAAGCCACUCUACACCGAUGAAUCAUGUCCAUACGUCGAUCGCCAAUUCGCUUGCAUGAAAAAUGAACGGCCAGAUACUGAUUAUCUUCGGUGGGAAUGGCAACCUGAUGACUGUACAAUCCCACGAUUUAGCGCGAAGUUAGCAAUGAACAAACUCAGGGGAAAGAGAUUGCUUUUUGUCGGAGAUUCGUUGCAACGAAGCCAAUGGGAAUCCUUCGUGUGUUUGGUGGAAUCAAUAAUACCAGAAGGAGAAAAAUCAAUGGAGCGUAGCCAAAAAUACUUUGUCUUCAAAGCAAAGGAAUACAAUGCGAGUAUAGAGUUCUACUGGGCACCUUAUAUCGUGGAAUCGAACACGGAUUUACCGGUGAUUUUGGAUCUGAAGAAAAGGAUAGUGAAAGUGGAUUCGGUGGAAGAUCGAGCAAAGUUUUGGGAAGGAGCUGAUUUUCUGGUUUUCAACACUUAUGUUUGGUGGAUGAGUGGUGUCAGAAUGAAAGCUUUGUGGGGUUCCUUUGAAAACGGAGAGAAAGGUGCGGAGGCACUCGACACACACGUGGCUUACAGGCUAGGGCUCAAGACAUGGGCUAAUUGGGUUGACUCUACCGUUGACCCUAACAAGACCAAAGUCUUCUUCACCACCAUGUCUCCUACUCAUUCUAGAAGUGCGGAUUGGGGGAAGCCAGACGGCGCCAAGUGUUUCAACGAGACGGAGCCAAUCAAAGAUAGGAACUUUUGGGGAACUGGCUCCAACAAGGAGAUGAUGAAAGUUGUGUCAAGCAUCGUCAAGCACAUGACCACGCACGUGACUGUCAUCAACAUCACGCAGCUCUCCGAAUACCGCAUCGACGCCCACACAUCAGUCUACACGGAGACAGGUGGCAAGCUCUUAACGGCUGAGGAGAGGGCUGAUCCCAUGCGUCACGCUGACUGUAUACACUGGUGCCUCCCUGGAUUACCCGACACGUGGAAUCGGAUCCUUUUGGCUCAUUUGUAA